AUGCAGGAUGAAGAGGGUUACACGGUAUUGAAUCUCCGGCCCAAGACGGGAACCGCCAGCCGCCUGUCGGCGGACGGGAUCCAAGAUUCUCCUGAGAACCUGCAUGGGUAUAAAAUCACCAUCGGCAUUUUGGGGGUCUGGAGCGUUGUGGCGACGCUGGCUGUGAUCGCGCUGAGCAUUCUGGGGUCAUCUCAUGAAGGACUGACCGGAGCAGCGCCGAAUGCCACCGUGAGCCGUAGUGCCCAGCGGAGAGAGAGAAACGGGGCAGAAUGCAGCGCCCGUCUGAACCACCUCAUGUCACGCCUGAGCCAGGCUCUGUGUGCUCCCAUCAACAGCCGCCCCCAGGAGGGCACUGGCUGCAAAAUCUGUCCCCCGGACUGGCUGCCACAUGGUGCCAAAUGCUACUGGUUUUCUACCGAGAGUAAAAUCUGGGCCAGGAGCCUUGAGGACUGCUCAGCGAGGAGCGCUCACAUGGUGGUGAUCCAGGAGCAGGAUGAGAUGAAGUUCCUAGGGGACAGCAUUCAAGAGAAGUACCUCGUGUGGACUGGCCUCAGUGCGAACGCACCUGAGAGGAAUUGGACCUGGGUGGAUGGAUCCUUGUUAAAUCAGACGCUGUUCCCCGUGAAAGGAUCUGCCGAAGAGAACAGCUGUGGGGUGAUCAAAGGGAGUCAGAUCCAGUCGGAAACCUGCAGCGGGGAAUACAGAUGGAUUUGCCAGAAGGACGCCAUCCCGAUAGACAGCCGACCAAGCAAUCUGUAGCGCCCUGCCAAUUUGCAGAUACCCAUCCGCUUUAUAUCUAUGGACCAUUUUUGCAGCUCAGAUGGGGCUACAAAAUUUGUAUCUGCGCAGGGCUG